UCUCUACAGUUCUGGUAACUAUUUCGUUCUUCUCACUCUUUUACUCUUUCACUUGACUUCUUUCCAAACCGCUCGGCCGGUCUUCGCUUCUUCCAUAUUCAGCAUUCUUGCAUCCUCUAAACUACCAGUUUUUUUCACCCGUCAUAUCAGAAAAGCUUGAUCAUCAUGUACUCCAAACUUGCUCUUGCCGCCCUUCUUUUGGCCACUGCCGAAGCUCGCUUCGGUCAGGAACAGUCUGUUGCCAACAUCAUCUCCUCUCUGAGCAACUUUGGCAGCCCUGGUGUUGCUCCCACCCUUGCCGGCGCCACUCCCGGUGUCCUGCUCGCCGGUGCCAACGCCUGUGACAAGCUUACCCUUGCCGACAAAAUUGUUUCGCAACUCGGCAAUGACAAGGCCGUCAUUGACGCAGCCAAGAAGCUUGUCGCCGCUGAAAAGAACUUCAACCCCUUCGUUGUCUCCAUUCCUUCCAUCUGCUCCGAUCCAGCUCUGCCGGCCACCAAAGAGCUCAGAGGCAUCGUUCCCCUUGUUGACCCGGCUGUGACCGGCGCUGAUGUCCAGAAUGCCAACUCCGCCAAGUCUCUCACCACUCCGUUCACCAACGACGGAUUGAGUGUUGCGGAUAUCGUGAAAGCCAAUGGCUUCACCAACUUCACUGCCCAGAGCUCCAGCGGCUCUACCACCACGCCUGCUGCUGGUAACAACAAGGGAAACAACAAUAACAACACUGGCAACAACGGAAAUACUGGUGCUGUUACCUCCGCCGUCACUUCCGCUGCUCCUGCUGCCACCAGCGCCGCGUCCAAGUGCGGUAAGGUCAGGACUCUGACCACCAUUGUCCAGCCCGCCGCCACCUCCGCGGCUGCCAAUGUCGGUAACAACAACAACAACAACAACAACAACAACAACAACAACAACAACAACAACAACAACAACAACAACAACGGUAACAACAACGCCAACACCGGCAACACCGGUAACACCGGUAACAACGGCGUCCAAAAGUCCACCCUCGCCGGCGCCGACUUUGGUCUCUGCGUUCCCACCAUGAGUUUCGUCGGCGGCCGCGCCAACCGCAAGGCCACCGAAUUCACCUUCCAGGCCAAGGACGCGCUCGUCGCCAAGGGCCAGCAGGAGGCGCUCAACCCCAACAUCAUCACCAACCGCAUCUGCGACCAGCUGACCAACGUCUGCCAGGCCAACGCGGCGGCCAAGACGGCGUGCUUGGAUGCCAAGGCCCAGAUCCAGGCUCUUGGAACGAGGGACGCUUCUACGGCGCAGAAGUGGAACGAGCUUUUGGGGUUUGCUGGGACUGAUGUUUCUCAGUAAGCGAGGGGGGUGGUAUAUAGGUGCAGGGUUGGAAGAUGAGAUUAGGAAGGGGAUGUGAAGAGGGUGGGAUGGUUUGGUGAUAACAUGGUAUAGGGAUUCGCCUGAAUGCAUGUGAAUAUUUUGGAGCUGAACUUUGAAUAUUGCUUUGGCUUUCCGUCGUGCACUUGUGAUAUUCGUAGAAGAUCCCGCAAUUGCUCCG